GCUGGUUUUUAUGAAAGUGAAAAUCCAUUUUGCAAUGAAAGGAUUGAAAAAGGUUUCAGGAGAAAAACACAUUUUACGGGUGUAAUCAGAAGGAGACACAACAUCCAAAAUGAGUGUUUCUGGGGAACAGGACACAAAGAAAGAUGAGAGUCUGAUUCAGGGUAAGAGAUCAGACUCACGUGACCCCAGCUGUGUGUCCAUGAAGAGUGAAGGGUCAAUGAUGAGUCCAAUAGAAUUUAGAGACAAAGAUGGUGCUCCUGAUCUGAGACCACAGAAAAAAUCAAAACUCACUGAGAAGAGUCAUUUGGAGGCCGUAUUCAAGGACCUGGAGCACAAAGUCAUCACUGUAAUAAAGAAGGAACUGAAGAGGUUUAAGAGUUUCCUUAAUCCCGAUCACCCAGCAUGCUCUGAGAGGGAGGUGGAGGAUGAGGAGGAUCAGAGCAGUGUCAGAGAGGAAGUGCUGAAGAUCACACUGCACUUCCUGAAGAACAUGAACCACACAGGUCUUGCUCACACCCUGAAGAACAAACUCGUCUCUGUGUACCAGCGAAAACUCAAAUCCAAACUGAAUGAGAAAUAUAAAAGAAUUAAUGAAGGAAUCUCACAGCAUGGAAGCUCAGCAAUUCUGAAUGAGAUCUACACAGACCUCUACAUCACAGAGGGUUGGAGUGGAGAUGUCAAUAAUGAACAUGAGGUGAGACAGAUUGAGACGGCGUCCAGGAGACCAGAAACACAGGAGACACCCAUCAAAUGUAAUGAUCUCUUUAAAGACACGUCCAUCAGAAGUGUGCUGACUAAAGGAGUUGCUGGAAUUGGAAAGACAGUCUCUGUGCAGAAAUUCAUUCUGGACUGGACUGAAGGAGAAGCGAAUCAGGACGUCAUCUUCAUGUUUCCACUUCCCUUUAGAGAGCUGAAUCUGAUGAAGCAGAAAAAUCUCAGUCUGAUGAAUCUUCUUCAUCACUUUUUCCCAGAAAUUAAAGAACAGCAAUUAAUAGACUGUUAUAUGAACAAAGUGGUGUUGAUCUUUGAUGGUCUGGAUGAGUGUCGACUUCCUCUAAAUUUCCAGAAAAAUAAGAGAUUGUGUGAUGUGACAGAGUCAGCCUCAGUGGAUGUGCUGCUGACAAACCUCAUCAAGGGGAAUCUGCUUCCCUCUGCUCUCCUCUGGAUAACCUCUCGACCAGGAGCAGCCAAUCAGAUCCCUCCUGAGUGUGUAGACCAGGUAACAGAGGUACGAGGGUUCAGUGACCCUCAGAAAGAGGAGUACUUCAGGAAGAGGAUCAGUGAUCAGAGCCUGGCUAAUAGAAUCAUCACACAAAUGAAGUCUUCAAGAAGCCUUUACAUCAUGUGCCACAUCCCAGUCUUCUGCUGGAUCUCAGCCAUUGUUCAAGAGAGAAUUUUGGGUGAAGCAGAGAGUGGAGAGAUCCCCAAGACUCUGACUCAAAUGUUCACACACUUCCUGAUCUUUCAGAUAAAACACGAGGACCAAAAGUACCAUCAGAAAUGUGACCCUGACCCUCAACAGACCAUAGAGAGUAUCCUGGCACUGGCAAAACUGGCUUUCCAACAGCUGGAGAAGGGAAACCUGAUCUUCUAUGAGGAAGACCUGAGAGAGUGUGGCAUUGAUGUGAGAGAAGUGUCCGUGUACUCAGGAGUGUGUACCCAAAUCUUCAGAGAGGAGUUUGGGCUUCACCUGGGGAAGGUGUUCAGCUUUGUACAUCUGAGUGUUCAGGAGUUUCUGGCUGCUUUAUAUGCAUUUGUCUCUUUCCUCAGCAGAAAUGUAACAGAACAACAAACCACUGAUCUGUCUGAUCUUUUCACCAAGUCAGACAUGUGUGAUUUCCUCAGGAGUGCAGUGGACAAGGCCUUACAGAGUGAGAAUGGACACCUGGACCUGUUCCUCCGCUUCCUUCUGGGUCUCUCACUGGAGUCCAAUCAGACUCUCUUACAAGUCCUACUCCCCCAGACAGGAAGCUUCUCUCACAGCAAACAGGAAACAGUCGAGUACAUCAAGGAGAAGAUCAGGGAGAAUCCCUCUCCAGAGAAAUCCAUCAAUCUGUUCCACUGUCUGACUGAACUGAAUGAUCAUUCUCUAGUGCAGGAAGUACAGCUGUAUCUGAACAGAAGAGAUUUGUUGUGUCUCAGGGGAGUCAGACUCUCUCCUGCUCAGUGGUCAGCUCUGGUGUUUGUGUUACUGAACUCAGAACAGGAACUGGAUGUAUUUAAUUUGAGUAAAUAUAACCCAUCAGAAGAAUGUCUUCUGAAGCUGCUGCCAGUGGUCAAAGCUUCCAGAAAAGCUGAACCUCACUUUGCAGGAACUGGAUGAGCUCAAGCACUUUCCACUCACCACUGGGGUCUGACUUGUGUGUGUAGGCCAGUGCUAAGUCUUCUGGUAUGAACUGUAGUAGCGCUGGGCAUAGCAGGCAGCUGUAUGUGUCACUGUCAACCCCUAAGGAUUCUACUGGCUUAUUUCUCCACUGUAUUUCUCUAAAACUAACAUGGGCAGUUUAAUAGUCUGGUUAUUUAACGAUUUGACUUAACUUGAAUUGCUCACCCGCAC